ACCCCCUGGCGUGAUGUUUUUGGGAUGAUGAACAAAAGCAUUUCAGUGAAAAUCGUGAAAACCAACUUUUUUUAAAAUGUAUAGUUUCGUGUAGUUUGUGCAGUGUAAAAAAAUACCAAAAAACGAUCUGGGUGUUUACUCCAAUUGCGCCGUAGUGCAGGUUUUCUGCGGGGCAGCUCGGAAUUUGAUUAUUUUCGAGUUUUUCCCCUUGGCUGCAAAGAAGAAGGCUACGCUCCUUCUGUUUUCGUUUUAUGGGCAACGCCAACAGCAGUGCAAUCUUUCUGCAGUCCGAGGCCAAACCAGCGUGUGCAAUUCCGGAACAGUCGUUGUCUCCGGUGCAGCAAUUUCCGAGUUUGCCGCUAGCAGCAAAAAGGAAUCGUCGGGAUCACGAGCUUCUUCUAGGCAGGUGGCAUGAAUCAACCCUAGCGAACGAGCAUCUGCUGUCGAAGACCUGUUGGCCCGUUACGAAGGCUGAGGCUCUCUUUCUGCCCCAUUUCCCGGUGGACAGUAUUGCCGAAGCGCAGUACGCUGUAGUGGAGCACAUUGCAAACGGUGCGUUCGGGAAGGUCUACAAAGUGCGUGCCGGCGAACGCACGACAGCAGCAGACUAUGCACUGAAAGUACUUAGCAAGUCUGAGAUUAUCAACAGCGGUGCGAUCGGUCAGCUGCGGGACGAAGUCGACAUCCAAACCAUCUGUGGCCACCAUCCGUUCCUGGCGCGAUGCGUUCGCUUCUGGCAGAAUAAGAAGAAGGUGUUUUUGCUUUCCGACUACCUUUCAAACGGAGAGCUGUUCCAAAAGUUUACCAAAUUUCCACAUGAACUUGUUCGUCUGUACGUCGCAGAAAUUGCGCUUGCUUUAGAUUUCCUCCACCAGGCCGGCAUAAUUCAUCGCGAUCUAAAGCCGGAAAACGUUCUGCUAGACGAGGACUUCCACGUUCGGUUGAUCGACUUUGGCUUUGCCCGGUGGCUCAGCAUCGGCACGCGGACGCGCACUAUCUGCGGUACGCUGCAGUACAUGGCUCCCGAAAUACUGGCUGGCGAACCGUACGGCCAUGCGAUCGACUGGUGGGCGCUGGGUGUUUUGGCAUGCCGGAUGUACACCGGAGAGUAUCCAUCCUUGGACUACUCAGCCUAUCUCAACAAAUCAGACCAGAUAGACAAACUGAUUGAGCAUGGCCGGCCCAGGAAGCUCUCAACAUCGAAGAAACUGCUUCCCAGUUCUGUGGAUGGACUCCCACCAGAAGGUCAAGACUUGCUGAAGCGUCUGCUAGAGAUUAAACCCCAAUAUCGCAUUCGUUCGCUUCUUCAGCUUCAGCGAAUUGGCCUGUACAAGAACUAUGACUGGGACCUCGUCCGGAAGAAGCAGAUUCUCCCGCGGUACAUGAUCAAUGUGGAAUCCGCCAGCGGCACGAUCGAGCAGGGAUCAUUGGCUGAUAAAUCGUUCGCUGAGUUCGAUUGGUAAUUACUCGCGUGGAGUAAUCAAUCCUAUAUGACGAUGCUGAAAUAGUUUUUUGGAAACGUGAUUCAGCAUCAAGCAUUCUAUGAGUGCUUUGAUGAAUGAAUGAUGCAGUAACAGUUAUACGUGUUGAAUAAUAAAGCAGAAAACACCCAAUAACUUGUUCAUCCAGAUCAUGGUUGAAAAGUGCCAUUGUCAAGGGUUUUUUAAAGGGAUAAUUGAUAUAAAAUUGAUUUAAUACAACUUUUAUUAAAACUAUUUUAA